CCAAACGGUCAAGUCGAAGGAAUUCGCAGUCUGCGUUUGUUCGUCGUCCAAUCCACUUCGGCCGCCGGCAGUGCUGGCUGUUACAACAAUUUGGGAUAAUGUCGACGGGAAAAAAACAGGGGAUCAUGGAGACUGAGGUGAAUGGCCUGGCCGUGGUGACGCCGGAAGAGCACAGUGAUAUUGCCGAAUUUUACGCGGGAUGCAAUGUUCUUAUUACCGGAGGCUCCGGGUUUCUCGGGAAACUUCUUAUUGAAAAGUUACUUCGAACAUGCACAAAAGUUGGUAAAUUGUACCUAAUUAUACGAGCCAAGAAGGGCAAAUCUUCGGAGGAGCGGUUCAAGGAGCAUUUUGAGGAUCCGCUCUACGCUAGACUGAGGGAAGAGCAACCGAAUUUCGCGAGUAAAGUUGUUAUGAUCGAGGGUCAGCUCGACAAGGGCCUGGAGCUAUCGCCGGAGAACCGCGAAUUAUUGAAAAAUUCUCACGUGGUGUUUCAUGGCGCAGCCACUGUUCGAUUCGACGAGAAAUUACGGCUCGCUGUCAACAUUAAUGUGCGAGGAACUAAGGAGAUUCUCCUCUUCGCGAGGGAGAUGCCCAACCUCAAGGCUUUUGUACAUAUUGGCACGGCAUUCUCACAAUGCAUCACCAAGUUCAUUGAUGAGAUUUUCUACGAUCCACCAAUUGGCUCUGAUGAGCUGCUGACAUUACUGGACAUUCUUGAUGAUGAUACACUGGAGGGUAUAACACCUACUUUAUUGGGAAAAUGGCCAAAUACAUACGCAUUCACGAAAACAGUGGCCGAAGAUACGGUGCGAAAAUACGGCAGAGAUCUUCCAUUAUGCAUUGUGCGCCCUUCGAUUAUGAUUGCAACAUCGAAAGAACCAAUUCCCGGAUGGAUUAAUAACCUGUACGGUCCCACGGGUGUCGUUCUCGGUGCCGGGAUCGGACUGCUCCAUACACUCCACUGCGAUGCAAAAAAUGUAGCCGAUAUCAUCCCCGCUGAUUAUGUUAUCAACAACAUCCUAGCGGCCGCAUGGCACAUUGGCAAGGAGAAGGGUGGAAAAUUGCAAGGACCCCUCAAGCCCCUUCCGCCCCCAGUCUUGAGUUCGAAAAAGUCAGAGCUCAAUCCCGCUGAGGAUCCACCGAUAUACAACAGUGUGUCGUCCUGUCAAAAUUCAAUAACGUGGGGUGAAUUCAUGAAGUACAAUGAGAUCUUCGGUAUGGAAGUGCCGAGUAAAAUGGUCUUCUGGUAUUAUUUCUUCGACCUCCAUCCGAACAUUUGGGUUCAUUAUUUCUUCGUUGUCUUCACUCAUCUACUUCCAGCUAUCAUCGUUGAUACUGCAGCACGGUUGACUGGACGGGAGCCAGUAUUGUGGAAUACAUACAAGAAAAUUCACAAAUUCAGUGGAGUUAUUUCGUACUUCUCAACGCAGCAAUGGAGUUUCCGCAACGACAAUGUCAUGAAAUUGUGGGAUAAGCUAUCUGCUGUUGAUCGCAAAUUGUUCUACUUCAACGUGAAAGACUUGAUAUGGAGGGAUUACUACUAUUAUCAUAUUCGGGGUCUGCGAGUAUUCGUUGUGAAAGAUCCCCUGGACACUCUCGAGGAGGGCAGGAAGAGAUAUCGAUAUUUGAAGUGGGCUCACUACACCCUGGUGUCACUGCUGUAUUUGUUCGGGGCAUGGUUGGCAUAUCGCGUUCUUUACUUCUUCUUCUCAUUAAUAUUAUCCUUUUAAGAAUAAUUUGAGUGAGGCAAUCUAGUUCGUAAGACGUCAAUGGAUUUCAGAUUAAUAAAAAAAAUGUGUUGUUAAGUUA